AUGUCUGCACCUCCGGCGAAAGCCCCCAACCAUGGGUGCACUUUGUCGACACAUGGCUCAUCGUCUUCUGUCUACUUGAUGCGUGUCUUGAACAGCCGCACCUACGAGGACCUUAGAUCGUACCCACUCCUCCUGCCGUCCUGCACGGUUGAAUCACUUUCCUUUCACAACGUCCCUCCUUUCCCCUGCGACGCUGCACCUCCUCUGUACUUGAAUGUAUUCGACGCCAGCAGUCGAGCCGGCGAUACGGCCUCAACAGAUGGUUCUAUCAUCACGAUUCCUACUCGUCCACGGUUGCGUUUCACGAUGGAGGAGACCAUCUGCAUUGACUUGUGGAGGUCAACUGUUUCAUGCAGCCCCCCUCCUGAUGUCGAAUUGCCAGCAAAGGAGUCUGUGCCACCUUCGGAACCCGUCUGGAUACCUGAGGGCUCCCUUGUGUCACCGAGAUGCUUCCGACGCCCGUCCGGGUGGGCGUUGAGGUACAGUGGCUCCUCAGAGUCUCAUACCUUCGAAGUAAGCUCCGAUGAGGACGAGGACGCUGAAAUAGAGGACAACAUCAAUAACGACAAGAAGGAGGAAGCUGAACCUACUAAUGAGGUCAGCCGUCCCACGAUCCAAUUGAAGUCGAUGGGAUGCAAGACGAGGGCCUGCACGGCUCUGGCGCCGAGCCCAAGCACGCUGUCCCGACCAUCAUGGUUUCGAACUCCACGGCUAUUGUUCCACUUUCGCUGGAGUCCUCUCAAAGCCUCGCAUCCCCCCUUUGGCCCUUCGCAGAGGCAAGAAGAUGCUACCUCCAAUACUGUGCCCCCAUCAACCUGUCUCGUUACGCAGGCCUCAUCGUAUCCAGACAUACCGUCUCCAUUCCUAGGUUCUCCGUCGUCAUCAAGACCGUCUUUCGAAGGGUUGGACAGCGAGCCCACAAAGUCUUCAAUGGACAUCCACGUCAUUUGUGCGGACUUGUAUUCGCGAUUGCCUGAGAUGCCUUACUCUCCAUUGUCGCCCACUUCGGCAGAACCCGAAAGCCACUCGUGUGUUGUGGCCGGCAAACAGGCGCUUAUGUCCCCCGUGGAAGACGACUGGGCCGGCCCGCAAGAGUUCGUUGAACAACACGCCGACCAGAUACCUCAACUGUUUGAAUACGCUUCUAUCAAAACGCCUUCUCCUGCCUCCCCGCAUCCAACUCAAGUGCGAUCGCCGGUGACGCCGCCGCCACCACCGGAUGUGGACGCGAAGAAACAUAGGAGGAAGACGGUCAUAAUCGAGACCUCGCCCACGCCACGCACAGCCUCCUCGCUGCCGGCGCAAGCUAUGGAGCCAGAGGAAGAUCAAGCAGAGCAGGAGCCGAUCCCGUUCGAGACGCCAGCGGGCAACCUCCCCUCGUGCGCCGCGUGCCACCAGUCCGUGCUAGUAGAAUCGCGCCCCUUGAGCACGGCGAGUAUGCGCCCUGUCCGAGGGAUCCUGAAAGGCAAGAAGAGCGUCCGUUUCUCCAUGGUCCCGGAGUGCGUCGAUCAUACAGAGGAGGGCGGUCAAAAGGAAGACAUGGCGAGGCCACGCUCAGGCUCGGUCCCACCAGUCUCUGCCCCUCGCAGUUCGCUCGCUCGACGCAGCUACGCGCCUCCGGCGCGUGGAUCUCCAGACAACUCGCCAACGAAGGAGAACGAACCUAGCUGGCCACGACACCCUGCGCUCCGCGCCAUGGCUCGCCAUACGACCGACAUGACCACCCCUGAAACGCCAACGCCCGCCAUUCUCACGGAUGAACGACGUGGGCCCCUGCGAUCCUUGAAUGCCCGUCAGAGCCUGCCCGCAAAACGCAGCUCGACGGCGGUUCACGCUGAACAGCCUGCCCGCAAGAGCAUUGCUGUCGGCGACAUUGGGAAGCCCCGGCGGCUGAUGAAGGCGGCAUCGAUGCACGUCUCAAAAGCUGAUGCGGAGAAUGUGGCCACGAAGCGGGGGUCUUUGCCAACAAAGAGUCGUAUGCCAGUACCUCUGCGUACUUUUUUGACGAAGCUGAGAGCAUAG